CGUUGCAUCCCACCCAGCUCCGGAUAUCGUAUAUAACCACGGCUUUGCCUUGUUGGGUGUGGAAUUUGAUAAGACACCUUUCAGCUGACUUUCGAUCGAGUAUAUCAAUAUGCCGAUGAAGCUUGACGGAAGCUGCCAAUGCGGCAGCAUCGAGUUCACCCUCGAAUCAUCCACCCCAGUGCCCUACCAGGUCUGCGCCUGCAGCAUCUGCCGGAAGGUAGGCGGAUAUAGCGGCUGUGUCAAUCUGGGCGGUAUUGCCGAUAGCCUGGAGAUUAAGAAGGGGAAGGAUUUGAUCAAGAAAUAUUCCGCGGUCAAGGCUCGCGGCACACCAGAUGAGGAGAUCUGCUCAUCGGAGCGGAACUUUUGCUCCAAUUGCAGCACUAUGCUCUGGCUCUGGGAUCACCAUUGGCCAGAACUGAUCCAUCCCUUUGCCUCGGCGAUUGAUACCGAGCUGCCGGUUCCGGAUGAGUUGGUUUGCAUCAUGGAGAGCUCGAAACCAGGCUGGGUGCGGUGGCCGGAAGGGAAGAAGCAGGUAUACGAUGUGUAUCCGGAGGAAAGCUUGGAAGGUUGGCAUAAGAAACACAAUUUGUUUGUCGAGUAGUGAAUAUACUAAAGAUACGAGAUGUUGACUACGCAUUACGGACAUGUGGAAGCAAAAUUGGAG